UAGAAGUGCAAACUGUCAAAAUCAUGUAAAAUCAUGUAAUUCCUGGACGACUGAUCGACAGUUAACCGUGUGCGUUCAGCAAUAUAAACCCAUGUUUCUUGCAGUGAAUCAACAUUUGCUUGCACGUGUCAUUUUUUAGUUAUUAUAAAAACUGAUUCCCACCUGCCAAUGGUAACAAAGGACGCCAAAAUGCAAAUGGCGACAUGACACCUGUCAAAGUUCACAAACUUUAUUUUACCAUUAUUUUUACAGUGUCAUUGUCAUGCUUGAGUAAAAAUGUCAGGGUUUCUUAAACAUUUCUUUGUUAACAAUACAUGCAAUAACCCUACAGAAUGCAUAUGAAUGUUUUAAACAUGUAAUUUGAAUAUGUUAUGUGAAAUCAAUCAAUAGUGAUUUUAUGAGUGACAAGUCACACAGAUUGUUUUUUUCAAAAUGAAUAUUUCAAAAAUGAGCCAAUCAACUCAAAAGAACAAAAAACCUAAGGUUUGGGUAAACAGAUACCAAUACAUAAAAAAAUUAGGAAAAGGCAAUUUCGGAACAGCUUACCUCUGCAAAGAUCUGCGACACAAAGCAACAGACGAGGAUGGUAAUUUGAAAGUGUUAAAAGAGAUCUCAGUUGGUGACCUACAGCCAGAUGAAACAGUAGAUGCAAUGCAUGAAGCAAAAUUGCUGUCCAAACUUAAUCACCCCAGUAUUGUAAAGUUCCAUGACAGCUUCAUAGAUGGCGAGUAUUUCUGCAUUGUCACAGAAUACUGUGAGGGAGGAGAUUUGGACAUGAAGAUAUUGGAGCAUAAGAAGAACAAGAGGCAGGUCGAUGAGAAGAUGGUCUUGGACUGGUUUGUUCAGCUUGUUCUUGCCGUGCAUUACAUGCACAGUCUUCGUGUGCUGCAUAGAGACCUCAAAACCAGAAACAUAUUUCUGAAAAAUAAUCGGGUGAAAAUCGGCGACUUUGGUAUAUCGAGAAUACUGAUGGGAACAACUGACUUGGCUUCCACAUUUACUGGUACCCCAUACUACAUGAGCCCGGAGGUGCUGAAACAUGAAGGGUACAACUCCAAAUCAGAUGUCUGGUCUAUAGGUUGUAUACUGUACGAGAUGUGUGCCUUAGACCACGCGUUUGAUGGUAAAAGCCUGAUGGCCGUCAUGUAUAAAAUAGUUGAAGGGGAACCACCAGAUCUGCCAGCUAAAUACUCUAAGGAACUUAGUAGAAUAUUAAAAUUAAUGCUGAACAAAGAUCCAGAAAAGAGACCAUCGGCAACAGAGUUAAUAAAAGUUCCAUUACUAUCUGGUCAUAUAGCGAAAAUGUCUGAGGAGUACCAGGCCAAACACGGUGUUGGCCACGACACUAACAACACCAACGAUGCCCUGGACAUAGCUAAAGCUCUAAAAGAGAAGUCUAGACUAGAAGAUUUGCGGAAAACUGAGGAUGAAACGAAAAUGAGGAAUUUACACCCAAGAGAAAGAAUGAGAUUAAAGAAAUUACGAGAAGCAGACAAGGAGGCUCAACGACUAAGCGAAGUGGCUCGAGUCCAACUUAUAGAAAAUCAGGAGCGGAAAAGCAGAAUUCAAGAGACUUUGUUUAAGCCUUCUAUACCUGCGUGGCAGGGUGGCCAUGGGGAGGGCGGGGACCUGAAAACGGCACUUACAGUCAAAGGUGUCUCAGCCAGAAAACAGCCAAAGGACUUUGGUACGCGGUCUGCUCCCAUGGUGUUAGGUGUGUCCGAAGAUCAAAGCUCCGACGAGGAUCAGGAACAAACUGUUAUACAUAAACCAUUAAAAACCGCUGGCGGCCCUUCACUCUCACAGUAUUUACCUAAAGCUUCUUCAGACGACCCCGAUGACCGGGCUAUUACUCCAUUGAAAGAUAAAAUGGUCUAUGAUAGAUUAUAUUCUUCACUAGAUUUUAAAGAUGGUAUACCAGAUAACCCAGCCCUUGCCAACACCUACUACUCUCAGUUUGACGAAGAUUUCACACCAUCUGAUGACGAAGAUGAAGCUGCUGAAACCGUCAUUCGUCGUAAAAAUGAUGACAGCGAUGAUGAUGACGAUAUCCUAUUCGGGUCAAAAGACGGCACCUUGAAGAAGGACGAAGAGGAGGAUUUCUUUAAUCAACUCCAGUAUGUGUUGGACAAGGACAAUGAUGCAGAGGGCACCAUGACCUUAGUGGAUGAUCAGGAUUCUGGAGCAUUUGGGCCAGUUGCCAGGGAAACCAAAAUCAAAAACUUGAGAGCUGAGUGUGAAAAGAUGUUGGGACAGGCAGGGUUCGAUAAAGCGUACAAUUACCUGAAGACAGCGCGGUACGAUCGAGCCACGGAGGCGACGGAGGAAGACAUAAUGUCGGGACUGCGGGAUUUUGUAAAGAACCCAAGUGACUGUUUCCUCGUCGACCAGUUAUUGUUCCUGGAAGAGCAACAUGGGGCGGGGCUUGGAUAGUGAAAGUGUUGAAAUUUGAGGCAUGCAAUUCCAAAAGGUUCAUAGUGAUAUUCAAGAAAAAAACAAAUAGUACCUUUUCGCUUGUACUCCUUGAAUUGUUUUGUUGUGUAUGGCACUGUGUUGCGUUAUUAUAAAGAUAUGUACAUAAUGGGGCUGUUUUAUCAACAUGUAUUGUACAAUCAAACUUUUGGUUUUAUUUUUCUAUGUAGUCAAUAUAUAAAAUUUGAAACAAAUCAUUAUACUGGAUAGUCAGGUUAAGAGAUAUUUAUUUUAUUUUACAAGAAACCUUUCAAUUAGGUUUGUGACAAUCCCUCUUAUUUAACUCAAGAUUCUUGAUUGUACGAUACGCUGCCAUGCACUCGUUGAUAAAAAGGCAUCAAUGUGAACAUGAGGCAAACUUUCACAAAAAAAAAAUCAAAUUCUCCAUCCAGGUUACCUCAAUGAUUAGGAAGACUGGAAAAAAAAAUUAAGAAUGAUUAUCUCAAAACAUUUGCUUUUCCAUUGGAGAUAAACAAAUCAAUGAUACAAUGGAAAUAGCAUGUACUGGGACAAGCCCAGUAGCUAGAAAUUUAAUGAAGAGCCUGUUUUUAGGCUCAUGGUAUUAAGGGUAUCCAAUAGGUGUACAUAUAAGCUUGUGAUUAGAUCAAGUGAUUAAAUGUUAAAAUUCUGAUGCCAGCUGACCCCAUAUAAUGUUGAUAUCGUUUGAAAGGGUGUUACUUGCAGAUUACUAAAUAAAUAUGUAAUAGAAUUGGCUGAAAAGACAGAUAUGGUAUUUUUGUUUUUUUAUUUCAAUUCAAAUUUGACAUCAAAUAGCAUAUUCAGCAAUCUUUCAAUCCCAUAAAAGCUUGUUUUUUAUAUUGUCUGUGAUAUGAUUCUUAUAUUAAUUACAUUUAUGUUAAUAUUAAACUCUUUCAAAUGAUAUUAAAAUAUAAUGUGUCAUCAGGUAUCCAAACUCACAUAAUGGAGUACUGAGUACCCCACAGCUGGUGAUCGAGUUGGAAUAAAUUAUUGUUUAAGGACAGCCUUAUAAAUUCUGUGAAUUGUUUCACUUUAGGUAAAUAAUGAUUACUAACUCAGACACUAGAUGUAGAUAUGAUAACUUGACCUGGCAUUAUCAUCUUCAUUAAUAUGUUAGAUAGAAUACCCAAGAUUUUGGAGGGAGUGUUAACAUUUAUAAGAUUUUAUGUUGUUUAAAUGGUAAUUAUUUGUUGUUGAUAAUGUUAUCAUUGUUCCAAAAACAGCAGCAUUUUGUAUGCAAGAGUGUUUUUUUAGAUCAGGAUUUAUCAUGAAUCUUGAAGCUAGAGCUUUAAAGGGGACUUGCUCAUGUUUUUGUUUACUGGUUAUGCAUCUGAAAACACUUAUAUUUAUCUUUUUUUUUACUCAUUGAUAUUGAAAUUUGCAGAAAAAAAUACAGUUAAAGUAUAAAAAAGUCAUUUGGUUUUAGUGGGGUGCGAGUUAAGAAAAGUUACGAAAAAAAAAUGAAAACCUGACUCCUUAACCACUAGGCCACCAGGAUUUAUACAAAAGUGAAGGAUAUUUUAAGGUUUUAACAAUACAAUGAUAACAUCACAUGACAAUGUCAAAUAAUCAAUCAUCCAACAAUGAAAAUUGUUGUCUUAAAAGACGAUAUUUGAGCAAAUGUAUACAUUUGCCGAAGGAUUCCGGCUUGUAGUACCUUAGUUUAAACACUGUUAAUAAUUUGCCACACUUUAUUUUGUCAUACAAAAAAGUGGAUUUUACAAAAACAUGAGCAAGUCCCUUUAACAUCAGACUAUUGUACAGUUCUAAAGAUUGUUUUUUGCUCGCAAACUUGCAUCCUAAACAGUAGGAGGUGCCUUGAAAUGAAUAUUAAUAAAUUUGGAAACAAUUUCUAAAGAUGUUUAAGUCCCUUUACCCAGGUUGGGCUUGAAUCCCUCGUACUCAAAUAGAUGUUCGGCUAUUUUUCAGGAUUGACAAUAAUCAGCUGUUAAAAUGUCUGAAACAAAAGUAUUGAAAACUGAUGUAAAUUCAUAUGAACCUGAUUUGUUCGAACAUUUACUCACUAUUAAAAGGAAUCUUGAUAAACACAAUAAUAUGUUAAAUCUUGUUGCCCAAUCUGGCUUGAAGCCAUCCAAAUGAACUUGCCGGAAGCCAUACCCACAUGCCCGUUCACAUGACGUUAACAUUAUUUUCUUUCAAAAUAUUUUUCAACUAGAUCUGUUUUCUUAAUAGACAAUGUUUUUUUACCUUGACCAAAUUAAAAGAUGUCCUGUAAUUCAAUGAUUUUGGCAUGACUAUUGCUCUUCCUAAUAUAAAAUGUAUAAAUAUGCUUAAUUAAAGUUCAAAACCUUGUACAAAUUUUAUUAACUUUGAUGUUUUUUCUUCCUGUGUCCAAUCUUUCAUUUGAAUUUCUCAUUCAAGCAAGCUUGCCCUUUGGCAAUUUUACCUGGCCCUGGCUUUGGGCAAGUCAUUAUUGUGAAGAUUGCAAUUGGUACAACAUAUUACAAUGUCCAAGCCACAUCUGUUUUACUGCACAUUAUAAUUCAAUGUCAUAUUGCUAGACCAUGCUGCCAGAUUUGACAUAAAAUUAUGUGUUACACUUGAACUCAGCAGUGCUAAUUCACCUUAGUUGACACAGUGUUGCGCAAGAUCUUUUUUCUGUUAUUGAAACCAAAGUACAGUUGGAAAACCCACUUUUCCAGCUUGGUGGCCGCAAACUACAACGUAUUUCUUAUAAAUGAUAAAAAUAGUCUCAACAUUAGUAUCUCUGACAUAUUCAAUAAAUUGUUUUGAUAUAGAAAGAGACAUUUAUUUUUUAACCAAACAUAAAAUAGGAUUUAGAGUUACUUUUGUUAAAAUAUGUUGAAUAUUUUUUAGGAGAAUUUUAGGCUACCGGUAAUGGUGUACAUUGGGACAAUCACUCGCUUAAAAAUUGUUUAUGUAUUCUUUUUUUUACAUGGAAUUAAGUAAAUAUCAGGACCUCAGUGUUAUAAAUCAGUGUUUCAUUGUGUUCAUUUGCUGCGUAUAUUGAUAGAUGGUUAUAGAUAAUUUUUUAAACACAGUAUCAAUUUUAUUUUUGAUUUAAAAAUAAAAGAAAUCUUUCAUUACUGUUAAGUUAAACUUUUUUAGUAUUUGUCGAGGCCAAUUUUAUUUAUCGUCCAAAAUUACAUUUGAAAGAAUGAUGGCCAAACACAAGACAAACUUGCCAGAAGAGUUAAGUUAAAUAACUAUAUAGCUACAUAUUCUUGAAACAUUAUAUGGGCGGAUCGUUCAGAACUUUGUUAAAGUUAACAACAUGAUUAACCAACAUUAUUGUUAACUUUUAAACAUGAAAUAUUUGAUGAUGUGCUCAGAUUUAAUAGUAAACUAAUACAGCUUAAACAGCUGUCUAAAAUCUUGUUAAAAAUAGUCAGCAAAUAUGUAUCCAAACUACCAGAGAAGUUGCAAUUUGAAAGUUAGCAACAAUGAUGUUAAUAAUGUUGUUAUCUUUAAGUUCUGAACAAUAAGCCAACUGCUGUCAGGUUAUAUUCUUGCCACUGUUGUUCAGGGGCAUUUCAUUUAUUUUAUUUUUUUGCUCAUAUGUUGGUGUGAUUAUAGAAAAAUGUCAGGGUAUUGUGAUGGCCUUGCUGUUGAUGUUAGUGUCACUGUUUUGCUUUUUGCUUUCUUAAUGCGGUAGAAAGAAUAUAAAUUUUUUCCACUAAUCCAACUACCCAUUUUCUGCUCUCUUCCCUUCCUUUUUUUUGCCAUAGAAUGGACUGUUUUGAAUUUCCUAAAGAUUUGCUUUUUUGAGUGAACAUGUUCAAAUUUGACUUUUUUGACAAAUAGAGAAUUUUCUACAGUGGGGAUAUACCGGUUUGGUCAGGAAUUCUGAUUUAAAAAAAGAAAAAAAAAGUUAUGGUUACCUACCUACCCUAUUCUUUUGGAGUUGUCAGUGGGAUCAAAGAUUUUUUAAGCCUUAUUGUUGAGUUAUUUCCACUCUGACUACAACAACAAGAACAACAGAUGAGUGUUUGCAUCCAUGUCCUGUGCUCUUGUUUUGUGUCUAUAAUUGUAACAUGUUGGGCUGAUUGUUGUUAGGGUAAGUACAUGAUUAGAAAAAUUGUUAACUUUUAAAUGUGAAAUAUUUGAUCAUGUUCUCAUAUUUAAAUAUAAACCAGUGUACACAGCUAAAACAGUUGUCUCAAAUCUUGUUGAAAAUAUAGCAAUCACAUCUGUAUCAAUUAGAUUUCCAGAGCAGUAACAAUUUGAAAGUUAACAAUGAUGCAAUGCCAACACUGUUAACUUAAUCAUAGUUGUGAACAAUCAGCCCUUUAUGAACAAACUUUAAUUUACAUUUCUUGCAAACCAAUGUGCACUAGUGAGCAUGUUUUAUUUACCCAAUCCAAAAAGCCAAAAUAUUGUUCUUUAAAAAAUGAAACCUUUAUAAAUAUGUAUGCUGUGCUGCACUAAGUCAUUCGCUUCAAAGUCAAAGUGUGUUUUACAGUUUGAAAAUAAUUUUCUUUGUCCUUUCUUCUAUCUGAGACUGUUAAGCAUAUUCAGUGCUCGAAAUUAGCACAAGCCCACAAGCCCUGCACUGGUAAAAUGCUUUCCUGGCUUGCUCAAAUACUGGGUUUUGAAUAGCAGGCCUUGUUAAAAAAUGUAAUGCCAAGCAGUAGUAUAUGAAUUCGGUCUUGUGCAUCCAAAAGACUAAUUUCGAUGACUGCAUGUUGUAAAUAGAAAACAUUAGGUAGCGUUACUUUAGAUAUCUACAUUGCAACCAAACAAUGAAAAAUGCCACUUUCUGUAUAAUGUUUUGUUUAUACUAUGUUUAUUUAUGAAUACUUUUCAGCAUUGUAUAAGUAUUUCCUACUAUUAGUAUAUUAUAGACGUAUACUUGUUAAUCAUUCAAGCUCAGGUCAUAGAAGUGUGAGCAACUUAUAGUUUAUAACAAUAGCUAGUUCUUUAUUUAACGGGAAUUUAUGUAGAUGUGCUAACUAAUGCUCAGUUGUGUUGUAACGUCUUUCAUUGUUUUGCUUUAUUUGUUUAGAAUAUAGUUCUCUAACAUUUUUACACAAUUAUUGUUUAAUGUAAUGCUUAGGCCACAAUUAAUGAACAGAUUGUGUGAUGUUACCUGAUCCACAUGUUACGGUGUGACUUGAUGAAUUUUAUUUUUUUUACUUUUCUUAUCACCUAAUAUUCCCUUAUAAAGAAAUGGGAAAAUAAUAAUACUGUAUGACCAUCUAAGAGGCAAAGCAGCUGUUUUCUUAGAAAAAAAAGUGUUUUUUCUAUUUAAGUUGAAUUUAAAAAAAGAAAAUGUUUUAAUGUCAAAAGAAUAAACAUAAGCAGGAAAAAGGUCCAAAUAAUAAAUGCAUGUUUAUAAAGUUGAUGGACAAUAGAGAGUAUUUAAAAUAUUUGUUGUUAAAAGUUUGAAAUUUUUAUUUAGUGAUUUUUUUUUAGAAGAAGCUUUAUAAAUAAGGCAGCAUCAAGGCCCCAGAACUUUUGGGUCAUUGGUUUUUGUGUGAGUCAGUUUGGUAACCCUUAACAAAAUUUUAAUUAAUGGUGGCCUUAUUGUGUUAAUGUGUCAUUGCUUUUUUUGUUUCUGAUUGAAAUUGUUGUAAUAUUGUUUUUGUUUGCAUUGGUAAUGAGUAAUCAAUCAUGUUGAUCUAUUUAAAUGUCAUUUGAUGAGGAAGAAACAUUUUAGCUUCAACUGCAUUCCAUGUUAUAGUACCAUAAUAAUAAAUUAUCAUAACAGCCGUGCCUAAAUAUAAAGUGUUGUGUAACUUAUUUCACAUACAUCACAUAUUAAACCUUUUAGCUGGUUUGUUUUUGGAGAUUUGGAGUGAAGAAAUAACUUUGAGGAAAAGUGAUAUCCUUGGUGUCGUUGUUGCUGUAGUCGGCGUUUUCAAAAAAUUAACUUUGGCCAUUUCUCGCAAAAAACAAACUUAGUACAAAAUCAAGGCGCAUAAUCCUGGUUUAAAAUACUUAGUGAGUUAUGCCCCUUUUUGACAGGAAAAACAGUGGAGCGUUGGCAUCCGCUUGGCGGUGCUUGCCUGUUUUUUAACUGACCCUAAGAAUUCAGAUAUGACAGUGCAAUAAUGCCUUAGUUCAUUAAUUGUAAUGAAAAAUGUACAGUAUUAUACUGAUAUUUUGUUUUUCAGUGUUUUAAUGUGUGUGUUUUACAAGCUGGAGUGGUAUAUUAGACACUGGGCUUUAAACAAACAUCUUGAAUUCAUUCACUAGUACACAUUGUUCAGUGUGCUAUAGUUUCCAUCCAAGUUCAAUACUUUUGGGGGGAAUUUAUCAGUUUCAUUGACAAUUUUUAUGAGAUUUAUUUUGGUGUUAACCCUUUUUAUGUUUUUUAUCAUCUUGACAGAACUUUCAUGUUCCUUACAUUUGGAUACUCCUGGUACACUCUCAUGCUCUGCUUCAUUAUAUUUAAUGUGAACAGAACUGGUAUUCAAUAUUGGUUCUAAUUGGAUCUAAGAACGAUGUAGCUUAUCGGAUUACUGGUUAUAAAUAACCAUAAGAUUAAGUUAAGUUGAAUAUUGAAUACCACCCCUGGGGCAGUUAUUUUAAUAUUAUUUUUUAUCCUUUCCUUAUAUAUGCCUUAGUGAUUCUACUCAGCUUUUUGGCCAGUUAUUUUUACAGUCCAAUCAAAACAUUCAGAAACUUCUCUUAAACAUAGCUAGAUUUAAGCUGCUUAUCAAAUAUGGCCUGAGAAAGUACCAGGGUUGGCGACGAAGAAUGUGGGUACAGUUUUCCAGCUUCAGCUUGAUUUGUGCAAGUUUCUUUUGCAAGAUUCUUCACUGUAAAUAAAUAAUGAUCAUUCUAAACAUCACAUUCCAUUAUAAUAAGAAGCUGUCUGUUCUUAUUGCUCUUUUUGGUAUUUUAGAGGCACAUGUUCCAUACAAUAAUUGAAGCUUGACAAGUACAAAUAACAUAUAUGUUACCAAAAUAAUUGGAAUGUGUUUUAUAUCACUUGUCUAACAGCCAGUAAAUGCAAAAUUACGGGGACUGUUUAUAGUUCCCGGCGAUAUAUCCGAUAUGACGCGUGUAUUGUGUCAUCAAGUUCACACCUAUGGCAUUAGGGGUCGUUGUAAAAACAAGACAGACGAAGAUGACAGUUGUAGGCAAAAAGUGUAUUAAUUUAUUAUUUCAACAAAAACAUCGAAUAUUCGAAUACCUAUUUUGACAUUCGAAUACCAAACGUUCGAUCGAAUAUUCGAAUAUUCGUUUGCAUCCCUAGUUAUUAUGCCAAAAAAGACCAUUUAACAAUUUACUGUAAGACCCUUCUGCAUGUCGAGCUUCAUAUGUAAGCUGCUUACAAAAUAGGAACAUACAUUACUGAAAAUGUAAUAAUUUAUGUGGGAACAUUCCUUUGUAGAAAUGUGUGACCUGUCCAUUUCUUUAGCAUCAUUUCUAUGAUAAUAUUUGAAAUCAUUUCAUUGAUGUUGAUUAUCAAUUAGACUAACAUUGUAGAAGUAGACAGUUUUAUUGUAACACAAUGCCUUACCUAAUGUGAGAAGUACAUGGUGCAUUCUCCCUGUAUGCUGACUAAAUGUAUUAAUGUUUCAUGACUUUGUGUGCGUCUGUUUUAUUGUUUAGUGAUUAUUUUUCAUGGAAUCUUUUUUAUACUGCAUUUUGUGAUAAAUCGUACCAUUUUACUGAUAUGCAUAUGUAUAUUUACAUGAAGGAAUUAAACAUUGAAUACAUUAUA